AACAUUGACAUUCAGGUUGGUUCUCCCUAGGGUGCAAUGAGGGUGUGCCCAGUCUCCUAAACCACAGAAUUUCUGUUAGCACCUACAACCAGCAAGGGCCUAGUGUAGUUCAGUUUUUGUGGGAGUGAAACCAAGAGACAGGUAUCUUAUAAGCCCAUCUUUGUUUUGUUAGACCCUUUCCAUCUCCUGCAUACCUGGGCUACGUGUACACAAGCUUUUGUACAUAAGUACACACACGCAGAUAUACCCAGUAGUGAGGAAGUGCUCAGGGGAUGGAAUGAGAAGGGUUAAUGGGGAAGGACAGGCUCUAUCUCUGGGCCAAGAUUCCCUCAGAGACCCAGGUGUCCGGGCUGCCCCCCCAACACUGGGCCUAGGGCCAGUUGCAUUUCUUGGCUGUCACGUGGUUUCCCAGCUUAGUGGGGCCAGGGGAGGAGCAAGGUCCAGAGUCCACUCUGCCCCAAGCCCUUGAUUGACCAGAAGGGAGCAGGCGGACAGACAGGCCUGACCCCUCGUGGAUCCUCCAGCCAUGAGGUUCCUCUGGGGGCUGAUCUGGGCCUCCAGCUUCUUCGUCUUGUCUCUGCAGAAGCCCAGAUUGCUCCUAUUUUCUCCUUCUGUGGUUCACCUGGGGGUCCCCCUAUCAGUGGGGGUGCAGCUCCAGGAUGUCCCCCAAGGCCAGGUAGUAAGAGGAUCAGUGUACCUGAGAAACCCAAGCAACCCUAAUAUUAAUAUCUACUGCUCUCCAGAGGUGGGCUUUACCCUCAGCUCAGAAAAAGACUUCACACUCCUCAGCCUCCAGACCCCCUUGAAAGAUACUAAGGAUUGUGGCCUCCAUGGCCUCCGCAGAGGCCCUGAGGUACAGCUGGUAGCCAAGUCAUCGUGGCUGAAGGACUCUCUGUCCAAACGCACAGACACUCAGGGUGUCAACCUGCUCUUCUCCUCUCGCCGGGGAUACCUCUUUUUGCAGACUGACCAGCCUGUUUAUAACCCUGGCCAGCGGGUUCGGUACCGGGUCUUUGCACUGGAUCAAAAGAUGCGCCCGUCCACAGACACUCUUACGGUCACUGUGGAGAAUUCUCAGGGCCUCCUUGUGAGGAAGAGGGAGGUGUUUACUGCCACAUCCAUCUUCCAGGACGACUUUGUGAUCCCCGACAUCUCAGAGCCAGGAACUUGGAAGGUCUCAGCCCGAUUCUCAGGUGCCCUGGAAUCCAACAGCAGCACCCAGUUUGAGGUGAAGAAAUACGUUCUUCCCAACUUUGAGGUGAAGAUCAUCCCUGGAAAGCCAUACAUCCUGACAGUACCUGGCUUUCUUGAUGAAAUCCAGUUAGACAUCCAGGCCAGGUACGUCUACGGAAAGCCAGUACAGGGGGUGGCAUACGUGCGCUUUGGGCUUCUGGGUGAGAAUGGUGAGAAGACGUUCCUUCGGGGGCUGGAGACUCAGACCAAGCUGGUGGAUGGCCAGAGCCACAUUUCCCUCACAGAGGCUGAUGUCCAGGGGGCCCUGGCGAAGCUUAACAUCACUGACCUUCUAGGGCUGCGUCUCUAUGUUGCAGCAGCCAUCAUUGAGUCUCCAGGCGGGGAGCUAGAGGAGGCUGAGCUCACAUCCUGGCGUUUUGUGUCAUCUCCCUUUGUCUUGGAUCUUAGCAACACCAAGCGCCAUCUCCUGCCUGGGGCCCCCUUUCUGCUGCAGGCUCGGGUCCGUGACAUGUUAGGCUCUCCAGCUGUUGACAUUCCUGUCAAAAUUUCUGCCAAGUUGUCUUCUCUUGGGUCUGCUGCUAAAACCCAGGACUUUCAGCAGAACACAGAUGAGAGUGGCCAAGUCAGCGUUCCCAUCAAUAUCCCUCAGACCACCCAAGAACUGCAGCUCUCGGUGUCCGCAGGCUCCCUCUAUCCAGAUGUGGCCAAGCUCACUGUGACAGGCCCACCCUCACAAGGCUCCGUGUUUCUGUCUAUUGAGCGGCUACAUCUUAGGCCCCCUCGAGUCGGGGACACCCUCAACCUGAACCUGCGAGCUGUGGGUGUCAACGGAGACACCUUCUCUCAUUACUACUACAUGAUCCUGUCCCGGGGUGAGAUCGUGUCCAUGCACCGAGAGCCCAGGAGGACCCUGACCUCGGUCUCCGUGUUUGUGGACCAACACCUGGUACCCUCCUUCCACUUCGUGGCCUUCUACUACCACAGGGGCCUCCCCGUUGCCAACUCCCUGCGAGUGGAUGUCCAGGCCGAGGCUUGUGAGGGCAAGCUGGAGCUGAAUGUGGAUGGUGCCAAGGAGUAUCAUCCUGGGGAGACUGUUAAAUUCCACCUGCAAACAAGCUCCCCGGCUCUGGUGGCUCUGGGAGCUGUGGACAUGGCCCUGUAUGCUGUGGGCGGCAGGUCCCACAAACCCCUCAACAUGGGCAAGGUCUUAGAAGUUAUGAACAGCUAUGACCUGGGCUGUGGCCCUGGUGGUGGCGACACCGCCCUUCAGGUGUUUCAGGCCGCAGGCCUGUCCUUUUCUGAUGGAGAACGCUUGACCUUAGCCAGAAAGAGUCUGAGCUGCCCCCAGGAGAAAACCCGGAAAAAGAGAAACACUAACUUCCAAAAGGCCAUUAGUGAGAAGUUGGGCCAGUAUACUUCCCAAACAGCCAAGCGCUGCUGCCAGGAUGGGCUGACCCGGCUGCCCAUGGUACGCACCUGUGAGCAGCGGGCAGCCCGUGUGCAGCAGCCGGACUGCCGGGAGCCCUUCCUGUCCUGCUGCCAGUUUGCUGAGAACCUACGCAAGAAGGCCCGUGCCAGGGGCCAGGUGGGCCUUGCCCGAGCCAUGCAGAUGCUCCAGGAGGAGGAACUGAUAGAGGAAGAUGACAUCCCUGUGCGCAGCUACUUCCCCCAGAACUGGCUCUGGGGACUGGAAACAGUGGACCGCUCCAAGACAUUGAAACUGUUGCUCCCGGACUCGCUGACCACAUGGGAGAUCCAUGGUGUGAGCCUGUCCCAGAGUGAAGGCUUGUGUGUGGCCACGCCAGCCCGACUGCGAGUGCUCCGUGACUUCCACCUGCACCUCCGCCUGCCCUCCUCCGUCCGCCGCUUCGAGCAGCUCGAGCUUCGGCCAGUGCUAUACAACUACCUGGAUAAAAACCUGACUGUGAGCGUCCAUGUGGCCCCAGUGGAGGGGCUGUGCCUGGCUGGGGGCGGAGGGCUGGCCCAGCAGGUACUGGUGCCUGCUGGCUCUGCCCGGCCUGUGGCCUUCUCCAUGGUGCCCACGGCAGCUGCUGCUGUGUCCCUGAAGGUGGUGGCUCGAGGGUCCUUCGAUUUCCCUGUGGGGGAUAUAGUGUCUAAGAUUCUUCAAAUAGAGAAGGAAGGGGCCAUCUUCAGGGAAGAGAUUGUCUAUGAACUCAAUCCGCUGGACCACCGAGGCCGCACGUUGGAAAUUCCUGGCAACUCUGAUCCCAAUAUUAUCCCUGACGGAGAUUUCAGCAGCUUUGUCAGGGUCACAGCCUCAGAUCCACUGGAUGCUUUGGGCUCUGGGGGGGCCUUGUCCCCAGGAGGCCUGGCCUCCCUACUGAAGCUACCCAAGGGCUGUGCUGAGCAAACCAUGAUCUACUUGUCUCCCACACUGGCUGCUUCCUCCUACCUGGACAGGACGGAGCAGUGGAGUGCACUGCCCCCAGAGACCAAGGACCAUGCUGUGGAUCUGAUCCAGAAAGGCUACAUGCGGAUCCAGCAGUUCCGGAAAACUGAUGGUUCCUACGGAGCUUGGUUACACCGGGACAGCAGUACCUGGCUCACAGCCUUUGUGCUGAAGGUACUAAGCUUGGCCCAGGAGCAGGUGGGCGGCUCACCUGACAAGCUGCAGGAAACGGCCAGGUGGCUACUGUCCCAGCAGCAGGCUGAUGGUUCCUUCCGGGACCCCUGUCCUGUGAUCCACAGGGACAUGCAGGGGGGCUUGGUGGGAGAUGAUGAGACUACAGCACUGACAGCCUUUGUGGUCAUUGCCCUUCAUCACGGGCUGGCUGCCUUCCAGGACGGGAGUGCCGAGGAGUUGAAGAAGAGAGUGGAAAGCUCCAUCUCCAAUGCAAACUCCUUCUUGGGGCGGCAAGUGAGUGCUGGGCUUCUGGGAGCCCACGCGGCCGCCAUCACAGCCUAUGCCCUGACGCUGUCCCAGGCCCCCGAGGAGCUGCAAAAUGUGGCCCACAACAACCUCAUGGCCAUGGCCCAGGAGACCGGUGACAACCUGUACUGGGGCACAGUUGCCGGAUCUCGGAACAAAGUUGUGUCACCUACCCUGGCUCCUCGCAGCCCAUCAGACCCUGUGCCCCAGGCCCCAGCCCUGUGGAUUGAAACCACGGCCUAUGGCCUGCUGCACCUGCUGCUUUGGGAGGGCAAGGCUGAGAUGGCUGACCAGGCUGCAGCCUGGCUCACGCGGCAGGGCAGCUUCCAGGGGGGAUUCCGCAGCACCCAGGACACGGUCAUCACCCUAGAUGCCCUUUCUAAAUACUGGAUCGCCUCCCACACCAUGGAGGAGAAGGCGCUCAACGUGACCCUCAGCUCCACUGGCCGCAGUGGCUUCAAGUCCCAUGUGUUCCACCUGAGCAACCACCACAUCAAGGGCCUGGAAGAGGAGCUGCAGUUUUUCUUGGGAAGCAAGAUUAAUGUGAACGUGGGAGGCAACAGCAAAGGAACCUUGAAGCUCCUGCGUACCUACAAUGUCCUGGACAUAAAGAACACCACCUGCCAGGAUCUUCAGAUUGAAGUGACAGUCACGGGCCACGUUGAGUACAUGAUGGAAGCAAAGGAGGACUACGAGGACUAUGAGUAUGACGAGCUUCCAUCCAAGGAUGACCCAGGCGCCCAUUCGCAGCCUGUGACACCCCUGCAGCUGUUUGAGGGACGGAGGAACCGCCGCAGGAGGGAGGUGCCCAAGGUGGCGGAGGAGCAGGAGUCCCGGGUGCAGUACACUGUGUGUAUCUGGCGGAAUGGCAAGGUGGGGCUCUUUGGCAUGGCCAUCGCGGACAUCACCCUCCUGAGUGGCUUGCAUGCCCUGCGGGCUGACCUGGAGAAGCUGACUUCCCUCUCUGACCGUUAUGUGAGUCACUUUGAGACCGAGGGGCCCCACGUCCUGCUCUACUUCGACUCGGUCGCCACCACAAAGGAAUGCGUGGGCUUUGGAGCCGUGCAGGAGGUGGCCGUGGGACUGGUGCAGCCGGCCAGUGCGACCCUGUACGACUACUACAACCCCGAGCACAAAUGUUCUGUGUUUUAUGGAGCACCAAGUAAGAGCAAACUCCUGGCCAAACUGUGCUCUGGUGAUGUCUGCCAGUGUGCUGAGGGGAAGUGCCCUCGCCAGCGCCGCACCCUGGAGCGGGGGCUGCAGGACGAGGACGGUUACAGGAUGAAGUUUGCCUGUUACUACCCCCGCGUGGAGUAUGGCUUCCAGGUGAAGGUUCUCCGAGAAGAUAGCAGAGCUGCUUUCCGCCUCUUUGACACCAAGAUCACCCAAGUCCUACACUUCACCAAGGAUGCCAGGGUCACUGUUGGUCAGACCCGAAACUUCCUGGUUCGUGCCUCUUGCCGCCUUCACCUGGAGCCCGAGAAAGAAUAUUUGAUCAUGGGUCUGGAUGGGGCCACCUAUGAUCUCAAGGGAGACCCCCAAUACCUGCUGGACUCAAAUAGCUGGAUUGAGGAGAUGCCCUCGGAACGCCUGUGCCGGAGCACCCGCCAGCGGGCAGCCUGCGCCCAGCUCAACGAUUUCCUUCAGGAGUACGGCACUCAGGGGUGCCAGGUGUGAGAUGGCUUCCCACCUCCCCAGAAGGAGCCCCCUCCGGGGAAAGGGGAGGCCUGAAGGUGCUGUGGCUUCCCCUGAACACAGCCCCAGGGCAGGGCAGGGGUUUAAUAAAGGCCUUUGGCAGCAAAGUGUCAUCUUGUAUCUCCAGGACUGAGAACAGUGUUCCCACUGCCCAUUCCAGGUUCUGGCAGGUCCAGGCCAGGGUUGGCAUCAUCUUGGACUCUCAGAGCCUGGUGACUCUUGGGGUGUUCAGCUCUCUCUGAACCCUCUCAGAUGGCUCAUUAGGGAGCUCAGUGCAUCGGGGCCCCCGAGCAGAAUUGUGACUCACAGCCUGCACCCCGAGGCCCCAGGGUCCACACUUCAACUGUGCCUCUAGGGCACUCCACUGCCCAUGUCGCCACCUCAGGCUGGGCUUGUGGGCAGCUAACACCUCAGCUCUUUGGUCGUAGAAGCCGCUGUCCAGCCACACGCGCCCCUCUGUCCUCAUGCAGUUGGCAGUUCUGGGUCUCUUGCAUUUGAUCAAGUUGAAAGCUGUUGAAACUUGAUCCUGUUAUCAGUGGCAUUAGGUAAUUUCCCAGAGUUGUGCAAUCCUCAGAUCCAAUCAUGUCUUCAUUCCAGUUACUGACUUUAAACCAGCCAAAAGGCUGACCUUGAUGGGUUUGUUAAUACUCUGAGAAGACUGCUGUUCAAUUGGGUUAACCCUCCCCAUCCCGCCUGCCUAGUCUCCCUUCCAUUCAGUGGCAUCACUGGGAUAUUCAGGGAUUACCCAGAAAUCUGUAUAAAGGAAUGUAUAUGAGGUCAAUUUUGAUGAAAACCAAGAUAGUUCAGCAACCUGCCUUUCAGUCAUUUGACAGAAAUUCCUGGCUCUGUCCCAUGCCCUGUGCUGGGCACCAGGGAUACAGCUAUGAACUCACUUCACCGUUGGGGGAGAUAGACCAGCAGAUGGGCAGUCCCUGUCUUCUGUGAAAGGUGUGAUGUAGGGGAGCCCCAUAGCCCUGAGGGGCACACAGUAGGGGCUUCUAACCCAAUCAGGAGAAAGAAUGUCAGAAGAGGGGCAGGGAAGGCUUCCUGGAGGAAGUGACAGGUCAGUUGGGUUCUGAAGGCUGAGAAGGAGUGAGGCAAAGAGAAUGGGGGUAGAAAAGUUAAGGCAAAAGAAGAAGAGACAAAGGCCAGAGGCCAGGACAGAGCACAUUUGGGGCACUGCAUGUAGCUCAUGAUGUCCAGAAUUUGGAUUUGGAGGUGAGGCGGAAGAGAUGGGUUGGUGAGGUAAGUGGAGCCAAUUAUAAAGGGAUGUGUCCACAAGCACUUCAGCUUUCUAACUGAGUGCCUCCUAUUCCAUGUAACUGAGAAGUUCUGACCUUCCUCAGAAGCUUCCUGGGGCUGUUGCUUACAUGGCCCAGUGGCUGCCCAUCAGAUCUCUCUCCCAAAAGCCAGUCACCAUGAUGGUGGAAACCUGUUUACCAGAGCCGAGGAUUCAGCUGCCAUUGUGGCAAGAUGUGGCCUGGGUCUAAGUGGUCAACUAUGAGGAAGGAGGAAGCUGUCACUCCCUAACCCCAGAAAGCCCACCCCAUUUUCCUCCCCCUCAUCCCCAGCCUGGAAGCAGGCUAAGCCUGAGCCUCUUCCCCAGGGCCUCCAGCAGUUAACCAGUCAGGCUGGCAGGUAGCAUAGCCUGGAUCUCAACUCUGGCUCCCCACCAGCACCACCUGUGCUCUGGGUAAAGCUUCAAUGGGAGAAGGACCUCCUGCCCCCGGAUGCUGGGGUCUGAUGCUCAGCUGGGUCAGUCCACAGAGCCAGGGUUAGGGAGUUGGGGACAGUGUGAACAGGCUGUCACCCAAGGCCUGGGCAUCAGUUCACCUCCAAACUUUCACUGAGACCUGCCACCCCUAUUUGGCAUGACCUUUCCCCAAGCCCCUCGUCUAAACCCCUCAACUGCCUCCUCACCCUC